AUUUACUGCACAAAAUUAAAAAAAAAAAAUGCGAUCCGUGUGGUGAAGUAUCAGGGCGACAUUUACUAAGAGGACAUGCCUAUAAAUAGGUCUAUUUUGCUGUUCUAUUCUAACCGAUCUUUCAAGUUUCAACCUGAGAUCAAUCAGGAUUCGAUUGUGCUGGUUCGUGCAGUUCUCAUUAAGAAGGAAAAGAAUGGGUGGACAAGUAACUGAGAAACCCAAGCACCGGCAACAUCACUCGUUAUUUCAAAUUAAGACAGGACUCCAAAAGUUGGUUAUCCAUGGAAGGGAUGGCACAAGCAAUGAAGAGUCCUUUUGGUGUUCCUGAAAACCCAGAAUUCACAUUCGGGUUGGAUGGGCCAUUGAGUAAAUUGAAGAUGGAGGUUCUUAAAGAAGGUGUGUCCAUCAUUGUGUUGACCGGUUUCGGAGGAUCAGGGAAAACCACUUUGGCUACAAAGCUCUGUUGGGACGAACAAGUCAAGGGUAAAUUCAAGGAAAACAUUUUGUUUGUCACCUUCUCAAAAACGCCUAAGUUGAAGGUUAUUGUAGAAGGACUAUUUGAAUAUUGUGGAUAUCAAGUGCCUGAGUUUCAAAGUGAUGAAGAUGCAGUUAUUCAAUUGGGACGUUUGCUGUUGAAAUUUGGUGCAAGUCCAAUGCUGUUGGUCCUGGAUGAUGUUUGGCCUGGCGCAGAAACCAUCGUUGAGAAAUUUAAAAUUAAGAUACCAGAUUAUAAAAUUUUGAUGACUUCAAGGGUUGCAUUUCCUAGAUUUGGCACUCCAUUGAUCUUAAAACCUCUUGUUCAUGAGGAUGCAAUAACUCUUUUCCGUCACCACGCUCUCUUGGAAAAAAGCAGUUCAAAUAGUCCUACCGAUGAUCUUGUCCAAAAGGUUGUGAGACAUUGCAACGGUAUACCACUUGCCAUUAAAGUGAUUGGUAGAUUACUUUGUCAUCAACCUAAUGAGUUGUGGCGAAAGAUGGAGGAGGAAUUGUCACAAGGUCAUUCUAUACUUGAUUCUAACAUUGAAUUACUUACUUUUCUCGAAAAGAUCUUAGAUGUCUUGGAAGAUAAUUCCAUCGUCAAAGAGUGCUUCAUGGACUUGGGAUUAUUUCCUGAAGACCAAAGAAUUCCUGUUAGUGCUCUCAUUGAUCUGUGGGCAGAGUCGUAUGGACUAGAUGAUGAUGGCAUAGAAGCAAUGGCCAUUAUCAACAAAUUGAGUUCCAAGAAUCUGGCGAAUGUCUCAGUAACAAGGAAAAAUACAAGUGACACAGACAGUGACUACUACAAUAACCAUUUCAUCAUCCUUCAUGAUACUCUAAGAGACCUGGCAAUUUAUGAAAGCACCAAGGAACAAAGUAAACAGAGAAAAAGAGUGAUGAUUGACAUAAAUGAAAAUGAUCCUGAAUGGAACCUUGGGGAGAAGCAGCAAGGCAUGAUGACCCGCAUAUUGUCAAAUUGUUUUAGAUGGUGUGCUGAACUGAAACCCCAACAGAUCCCUGCACACACAUUGUCUAUAACAAUUGAUGAAACUUGCACUUCAUAUUGGUCCAACAUGCGAGCAACUAAAGCCGAGGUUCUGAUUCUAAACCUUCGAACUAAUCAGCACUUCCUUCCAGGGUUCCUGAAAGAAAUGAGCAAACUAAAAGUUCUGGUAGUGACAAAUUAUAGUUUCCAUCCUUCUGAAAUGAACAAUUUUGAGUUACUUGGCUCAUUGCCGAAGCUAAAAAGAAUCAGACUAGAGCGGAUUUCUGUUCCUUCCUUUGUCACAUUGAAGAAUCUUAAAAAGUUAUCCCUCUACUUGUGUAAUACAAGACAGGCUUUUGAAAACGGCUACAUGCUAAUUUCAGACUCUUUUCCAAAUAUAGAAGAUUUGAAUAUUGACUAUUGCAAAGAUAUGGUGGAAUUGCCUGAGGGGCUCUGUGAUAUCACCUCCUUGAAGAGGCUCAGUGUUACUAAUUGCCACAAGCUUUCUGCAUUGCCCCAAGAGAUUGAAAAGUUGGGGAAUUUGGAACUCCUAAGGCUCAAUUCUUGUACUGAUUUGGAAGGGGUACCAGAUUCUAUUGGAGGGCUUUCAAAUCUAAGGAUUCUUGACAUCUCAAAUUGUGUUGGCCUUUCUAAUUUACCUGAGGACUUUGGAAAAUUGUUUAAUUUAAGAAAUCUCUACAUGACAAGUUGUGCAAGGUGUGAAUUGCCAUCUUCAAUCAUCAAUCUUAAGAAUUUAACGAAGGUAGUGUGCGAUGAAGAGACAGCUGCUUCGUGGGAACCUUUUAAACCUAUGCUUCCGAAUCUAAAUAUCAGCAGAAUAAAUGGUAGUUUUUCUGUUGGUAUAUAGCUAUAUAGUGUAGGGUUUAGGGUUUAAUGUUUGCAAUAAUACUAUCGAAGCCUUUCUUUUCUGUAUUUUUUUAAGAGUUUUCUAAUUAGUGGCCUCUUUAAUUAAUUGUUCGCUCAUGACACAUCCAUAUAUUAAUAAUAAGUCGUUAUUAUAUUUUUUCU